CGCAAAUCGAGCGUGUUGAAAACCGGACGCCAGUGCCGGAAUUCUGUGCGACGACAUGUAUCGCGGCCAACUACUCCUGCUGUUGCUGGCCCUGGGUCUUUUUGGGCAUCGGCCGGGGUUCACUCCGCCGCUUCGUGGGAAAGCGCGGCUGUUCCUGGACACCGCAGACGUGAGCGCCUACGAUGAGCUUCUGCCCUUGGGCAUGUUCUCGGGCGUCACCACGAACCCUGCGAUCUUGAAGAAGGACAACGUCAAGUGCACCGUCGACUCGCUCCAUCAGCUUGCAGGGCAGGCCUUCAAGCAUACGGAUGAGUUCAUGUGCCAAAGCUGGGGCAAGGAUGCAAGCGAGCUGUACGACACCGGGAUGAAACUGGCGGGUUUGGACAAGGAGAAGAUCGUGGUGAAGGUGCCGGCCACAGUGGAAGGGAUCAAGGCAGCCAAGCGCUUGUUGGAAGAAGGAGUCCGGGUCUGCCUUACUGCCUGCUACAGUGCUAAGCAGGCGCUGAUUGCCACUGGCCUGGGAGUGGAAUAUGUGGCACCUUACCUGGGGCGGAUGAACGACAACCGGAAGGAUGGCUUUGACCAGUGCUACAAGAUGCAUGAGAUCGUUGGUGGCAUUGGUGGGAAGACCCGAGUGCUGGUGGCGAGCCUGAGGGAUGUGGUGAACAUGCAGGUCCUUGCACAGAAAGGUUUGGAUACCUUCACCUUUUCGCCCCGAGUGGCGAGGCAGCUCUUGGAGGAACCCCUGACUGAGAAGGCGGCAGAAGAGUUUGAGGAGGCGGUCAAGGGCUGAGCGCGAGGCUGCACUCUCGCCGGAUCUCAGCGACGGAUCUCGGUGACGCAGCACGGCGACGCAUGAGCGACGCUAGGCCGGAACCCGGAACUUCUGGAGAUGACACCAUGGUUUCAGGACCCAACACACACCAGGUUUCAGG